CGAUCGGACAGACUGUCUGUCUCUCAGCCCAUGGACACCGUGCCCAGGAUCGCUUACUAAAAGCUCUCUGGAUUCCGCUGGAAGCCAUGGGGCGAGAUGAUUAUGAUUGCAGUGUGUGUGUACGCGAGAGAGAUUGAACAUUUCUGUGUGGUUGAUUGGUCUAUUUUACCCCCUAAAGGGUGAGGAGAGGUGAAUUUUUACCAUGGCUCACACGAAGUCCAAGGCCAAUGAUGGAAAAAUUAUAUACCCACCUGGGGUUAAGGAAAUCUCUGACAAAAUAUCGAAGGAGGAAAUGGUUCGAAGACUAAAGAUGGUUGUUAAAACCUUCAUGGACAUGGACCAAGAUUCGGAGGAUGAAAAGGAGUUGUACCUCAAUUUAGCACUACAUCUUGCUUCUGAUUUUUUUCUUAAACAUCCUGAUAAGGAUGUGCGGCUGCUGGUUGCCUGCUGCUUGGCUGAUAUCUUCAGAAUCUAUGCCCCUGAAGCACCUUACACAUCUCCAGAUAAACUUAAGGAUAUUUUUAUGUUCAUAACUAGACAACUAAAGGGAUUGGAAGAUACAAAAAGUGCACAAUUUAACAGAUACUUCUAUUUACUUGAGAACAUUGCUUGGGUAAAGUCAUAUAACAUCUGCUUUGAACUGGAGGAUUGCAAUGAUAUCUUCACUCAGUUGUACAGAACGCUUUUUCAAGUGAUAAAUAAUGGACAUAACCAAAAGGUCCACAUGCACAUGGUGGAUUUGAUGAGUUCCAUUGUGUGUGAAGGAGACGCUGUUUCUCAGGAACUUUUGGAUACUGUUCUUGUCAACCUCGUACCAGCUCACAAGAAUCUAAACAAGCAAGCAUAUGAUUUGGCAAAAGCUCUAUUGAAAAGGACUGCUCAAGCAGUUGAACCAUAUAUUACUAAUUUUUUUAACCAGGUUUUGAUGCUAGGCAAGACAUCCAUCAGUGACCUGUCUGAGCAUGUCUUUGACUUGAUCCUUGAACUCUACAAUAUUGAUAGUCAUCUGCUGCUUUCAGUUUUACCACAACUGGAGUUUAAACUUAAGAGCAAUGAUAAUGAAGAACGUUUAGCAGUUGUUAAGCUGCUGGCAAAAAUGUUUGGAACAAAAGAUUCCGAACUAGCAUCCCAAAACAAACCGUUGUGGCAGUGUUACUUGGGAAGAUUCAAUGACAUCCAUGUUCCUAUCCGGCUUGAAUGUGUGAAGUUUGCAAGCCACUGUCUUAUGAACCAUCCGGAUUUAGCGAAAGACCUUACUGAGUUUCUCAAAGUCAGAUCGCAUGAUCCUGAAGAAGCGAUAAGGCACGAUGUAAUUGUAUCCAUUGUAACUGCUGCUAAAAAGGAUCUUUCACUUGUGAAUGACCACAUGCUAAAUUUUGUAAGAGAGAGGACGUUAGACAAGCGGUGGAGAGUAAGAAGAGAAGCUAUGAUGGGCCUGGCACAGAUCUAUAAAAAGUAUUGUUUACAAGCUGAGGCAGGAAAAGAGGCUUCCAAACAAAUUUCAUGGAUUAAGGACAAACUUCUGCAUAUAUACUAUCAAAACAGCAUUGAUGACAAGUUACUUGUUGAACGGAUAUUUGCACAGUAUAUGGUGCCUCACAAUUUGGAGACUUCAGAAAGAAUGAAGUGUUUAUACUAUCUUUAUGCAACCCUGGACACCAAUGCUGUGAAGGCAUUAAACGAAAUGUGGAAGUGUCAAAAUAUGCUGAGACAUCAUGUACGCGACUUGCUUGAUUUGCACAAACAACAGAAAUCUGAUCCCACUGAUAAAGCCAUAUUCUCAAAAGUAAUGAUCAUUGCCAAAAACUUACCUGAUCCAGGAAAAGCCCAGGACUUCAUGAAGAAAUUUGAUCAAUUUUUAGAAGAAGAUGAACGAAUCAGGUCUCAACUGGAUGUGCUUGUUAGUCCAAACUGUUCCUGCAAGCUGGCAGAAGGAUGUGUGCGUGAAAUAACCCGAAAAUUAAGUAACCCCAAACAACCGACAAACCCAUUUUUGGAAAUGGUGAAGUUUCUCCUGGAGAGGAUAGCACCUGUGCAUAUAGACACCGAAUCCAUUAGCGCAUUAAUCAGACAAAUUAAUAAAUCUAUUGACGGUACAGCAGAUGAUGAAGAGGAGGGCGUGCAAACUGAUGAAGCAAUUCGAGCAGGCCUUGAAUUGCUUAAGGUGUUAUCAUUUACUCAUUCAAUCUCUUUUCACUCUGCGGAAACGUUUGAAUCCCUCCUCCAGUGUUUGAAAAUGGAUGACGAGAAGGUGGCAGAAGCAGGUUUACAGAUCUUCCGAAAUACUGGGCAGAAAAUUGAAGAUGACUUUCCUCACAUCAGAUCUGCUUUGCUACCAGUGUUGCAGCAAAAGGCCAAGAAAGGCACCGCUCGACAGGCCAAGCAUGCUAUUCAUUGCAUUCAUGCAAUAUUCUCCAGCAAAGAGACACAAUUUGCACAAAUAUUUGAGCCUUUACACAAGAAUUUGGAUCCGAGCAACCCAGAGCAGCUCAUUACGCCUUUGAUUUCAAUUGGGCAUAUAGCUACGCUGGCUCCAGAACAGUUUUCUGCACCUUUGAAGUCCCUGGUGGCUGGUUUUGUUGUGAAAGAUUUGUUAAUGAGUGACCGGUUUCCAGGAAAGAAAACAACAAAGCUUUGGGUGCCCGAUGACGAAGUAGGUCCAGAGACACUGACGAAAAUACAGGCCAUGAAGAUGAUGGUACGGUGGUUGAUGGGAAUGAGGACCAACGCAAAUAAAUCAGGAACCUCUACCUUGAGAUUGCUAACUGCAAUAUUACAUAGUGAUGGUGACCUGACAGAGCAGGGGAAAAUUAGCAAACCUGAUAUGUCACGUCUGCGGCUGGCAGCUGGUUGUGCUGUUUUGAAGCUAGCACAGGAGCCAUGUUACUAUGAAAUUAUCACCCUGGAACAGUUUCAGUUAUGUGCACUGGUAAUGAAUGAUGAAUGUUAUCAAGUGAGGCAGAUAUUUGCACAGAAGCUCAACAAAGGACUUGCCAAACUACGACUACCACUCGAGUAUAUGGCAAUUUUUUCACUGUGUGCAAAGGACCCAGCAAAAGAAAGAAGAGCACAUGCCAGGCAAUGCCUGGUGAAAAAUAUCAAUAUUAGGAGGGAAUAUCUCAAACAGCACGCAGCAGUGAGUGAAAAAUUGUUAUCAUUGCUGCCCGAGUACGUUGUUCCAUACAUAAUUCACCUUCUUGCACAUGAUCCAGAUUAUGUAAAGGUGCAGGAUAUUGAACAGCUGAAGGACAUUAAAGAGUGCUUAUGGUUUAUGCUUGAAAUCCUGAUGUCCAAAAAUGAAAACAGCAGUCAUGCUUUUAUUAGGAAAAUGGUGGAAAAUAUAAAACAGACGAGAGAUGUUCAGGGGCCAGAGGAUCCAAAGAUGAAUGAGAAAUUAUACACGGUUUGUGAUGUUGCAAUGAACAUCAUCAUCACUAAGAGUACUACUUACAGCUUGGAAUCUCCCAAGGACCCUGUUCUGCCUGCUAAAUAUUUCACUCAUCCUGAUAAGAACUUCAACAACAGUAAAAGUUACCUGCCUUCAGAAAUGAAAGUGUUUUUCACACCUGGAAAGCCGAAGGCAACAAAUGUUCUUGGUGCAGUUAAUAAGCCUCUGUCAUCAGCUGGAAAACAGGCACAGACCAAGACAUCACGGAUGGAAACUAUGAGUAAUUCCAGCAGCAAUUCUAAUCCUAGUUCUCCCGGAAGAAGUAAAGUAAGGCUGGAUAACACUGAAAUCGAUCACGGUGAAAAUGAAGACAUGAAAGUAAUGAAGAGUCCACCUCUUCAAGCAAAGAAAAUGGAAAAGAGGGAAGACUCAGACCAUCUGAGGUCAGAAAUCGAUAAACCCAGAGGACGAAAGAAAGGAUCAUCUGCCAUUUCAUUAGAUCAAGAGGAUCGAUCAAGUGUAGAACUUCUGGAUCAGGUGAAACCCGUGAAAACAAGUCAACGUGGCCGGAAAAGAGCCGCACACACCUCUGAAUCAGAUGAACAGCAGUGGCCAGAGGAGAAGCGACCAAAGGAAGACCUCUUGGAGAACGAGGAUGAACAGAAUAGUCCACCAAAGAAAACAAGGAGAGGGCGCCCACCCAAAGCUACUAAUGAGGAACUUUCAAAGGGUGAGACCCAAGGAAAAGGAGGCAAAAGGGGAAAAAAGAGGCCAGUAUCAGCAGAUGAAGAAGAUGGUGAUGGAGACAAUGAAAACAAGGAACAAAAGCAAAAAAAAACCAGGCAGCCGAGAGCAACCAAAAAAUCUCAGCAAAGAAUUGAAACGCCAGAGUCGGACGUGAAUGAUACAUUAUCUCCGGAAUCAACACCACAGAAGAGACGUGGAAGGCCACCGAAAACACCACCUACACCUCAAACGCAACCAAAGAAAAAUUUUCGAGGAGGAAGAUCAAGGCAAGCUGCCAGUAGAGAGAAUAAUUCUUCAGAUAUGAAUUUGCGUCAUGAUAGUUCAUUGGAGAACAUGGAUAUUUCCCCGGAAGUCUCAAUGGAUGGAGUGAAUGCAGAAGAGGAUAAUCAAUUAAGUACACUGAGGGUGCGACGCAAGCCCAACAAAAGGGGAAGAAGAUGAAGAGUAAUUAUUUCCUGUUUGCAUUGGAGCUUAAGAAUUUGCUGUAAAGUUCAAGGCAGGACACUGUUUAACUGAUAAUUGGUUGUUAAAGAAGGCACCUUGUAUCUAUUUCCCUUGCAUUUGCAGUCCUAAGGUCACAAGCUUUUGGCAAACACAUCAAUUCAUUAAUUGUGGUUGUCCUGCAUUGUGAUGUGUGCUGACUACAAUGUACUGACUUUACAGAAAGAUUGAAAUAAAUGAUAUUGUAAAUAUUUUUUUUAAUGUUUUGAUUGAAAAUGUGCUUGUAUAGCUUUUAAAUUACAGCUUUAAAUCACCAACACAACUGUGUAUUAAAUGUGUGGGUGAAGAAAGUUGGUUACAAUGAACGCUGACAACUGAAGCAAUACUUCUUAAUAAUUGUACCUUCCAUGGCAUCUUAUUUUGAGAAGGGACUGGUUCUUGGAAAGAACAAAUAUAUUGCAAUUUCCUGCAACACAUACUUCUGUGGUUAGAUUUGUUGGAAAGUCACUUUUUCUAACUCCCUUGUGUAUGAUUAUAUCUACUUGUUUCCGUGGUCAUCUCCGCUGCUUCUGCUUUCCACCACUGAAGAUGUUGGACAGAAAGUCCUCAGUUGUAUAAAAUGUGAAGUCAACCGAAAAUGCUUGUGGCAUUUUACUUGUCAGUAUUGAUGCCAGAACUGUGUAGAAAUUUAGAUAAAAUUGGAAAAAUAAAAGGGUUUUAGUUACAAUAUUUUAAUACUGAUGGUGUAUUAGUCAUUGAAAUUGUACACCUUUAGUUACCUUCCUUGUCAAAUUUGUAUCCAUCUACUGUACCAAUAAAAUCCUGUAACUUGAGUUUGCCUUGUUAUAGUGGGGAAAAAAAACCCACGGGUAUUUUGAAGGAUAAUCCACCCUAAGUUAUGGUUCCCAAGAGUUAGAUCAUGUUAAAAGUUGUUCAUUGUGGUAUGUGAUUAAUGAGACAAGGAGCCUUUCUGCAUUGUAACAGCUGCUCUGCUCUGCUUGAAAUGCACUUGAUAUAUCGUU